UUGGAACUUUGCUGCACACACAUCAAAGAAGAAUAUUUUUUUCGGUGUAUUACAAUUUUUUAGUCUUUAUUCUGCUCCGAGCGAGAAAGUACAAUAAAUUCAGUCGGAUCAUUAAAAUAGUUUAUAAAUUGUUGUGCAUGCAAAGUUCUCGAUUUCAUUAAGUAUAUUGCAAUAUUAGUAAAGUUAAGAAAUGUUGGAGGAAAAAUACAUAAUUAAGGCACAAAUAGAACUGAACGAGACAGAAGAGACAAAAAAUAAUUCAUUGGCAGAAUUGAGACUUUGGAUCUCUCGACAUGAUUUCUUUAAGAACUGUAGACAGGAUGACAAAUUUCUACUUCAGUUCCUUCGAACAAAAAAGUACAACAUGGAACGAGUGAUUGAUCUAUUUGAGAGAUACUUGCUACUUAAAAAGACGUACCCAAAAUGGUUUGAUUAUGGCCAGACUGAAGAGGAUAGAGUGUGGCAGUUGUAUGAUGCAGGAUUUGUGUACCCGUUAAUCGAAAGAGACGAAGAAGGAAGACGAGUCAUCAUGAUUCAAGCACAAAAAUUGGAUCCUAAAUUCUUUACAUUUUCUGAUAUAUUGAGAUUAGUGACGUUAAUCGCACAAACAUUGUUGGAGGAAGAAGAGACACAAAUUUCAGGUGUUGUGGUCAUUCUCGAUUAUACAAACGUAACUCUUGCUCAUUUACGUCUAUUUCCAUUGAGUGAUGUGGUCAGUUUUGUGGAAAUCAUAAGAACGAGUUCAAUAGGAAGACACAAAAUGAUGUAUAUGCUGUCUAUGCCUAAUUUUGCAACAAUGUUGGUUGAAGUUGCAAAAAAAGUACUCAGCGAGAAAUUGAGGAAACGGAUUAAAUUACUUAAAUCAAUUAAUGAUCUACAAGAUGAAUUUGACAUGUCUUUACUUCCAUUAGAACUUGGUGGCAAAAUUCCUGAAUCUGUGAUGUUAGAAGAAUUUAAGAAACUAGCAAUUGAGCGUAGUCCUAAUAUUAAGGAAAUAGUCAAUGGUGUUGACUGGGAUAAAGUUGCUUUAGAAGUCGACGAUGAGUCGUGUACAAUAACUUGAUAUUUAUUCAAUUAUUAAUUUAUCUCUGUGCUUCUUACUCGAACAAAGUUAUGGAAAUACAUUCAUUUAAUUCGGUUUAUGGUGUUUAGAAUUCUUAAAGAUUAAUUAAUUAUAAUUUUU